UGGUGUGCGCGCACCCCGCCCGUCCCCGCCCGCCGCGGUAACAAAGGCUGCGGGCGCCCCGCCGCGCCGCCCUGACUCAGAGCGCGCCACGCGCAGGCUCCGCGCCCGCCUCCCGGCGCGCACAGGCAGCGGCGGCAGCAGCAGCACCAGGAGGAGGAAAAGAGAGGAGGAGGAAGGAGGCCGCGACACCGCCGCGAUGGCAGAUAAUCUAAGUGAUGCCCUGAAAAAACUGAAGAUAACAACCACUGACAGCACAGCAGAUAGCUUGGAGGGAUGUUUGGACUGUCUGCUUCAAGCUCUGGCACAAACCAAUAUGGAGACAAGUGAAAAAAUCCAGAAAAGUGGAGUUCUUCAGGUGUUUGCGAAUCUGUUGACGCCACAAUCUUCCUGCACAGCAAAAGUAGCUAACGUCAUAGCAGAAGUAGCCAGAAAUGAAUUUAUGCGGAAUCCAUGUGUGGAUGCUGGGUUGAUCCCUCCUUUGGUGCAGCUGUUAAACUGCAAAGACCAGGAAGUAUUGCUUCAAACAGGACGUGCCCUGGGCAAUAUAUGCUAUGAUAGCCAUGAGGGCAGGAACGCAGUUGACCAUGCAGGUGGUGCACAUAUUGUAGUAGACCAUAUAAGGUCACUGUGCAGUAAAACAGAUCCAGCCAGUGAGAAGCUCUUGACUGUCUUUUGUGGCAUGCUGAUGAACUAUAGCAAUGAGAAUGAUACCCUGCAGUCACAGCUUAUCAAUAUGGGUGUUAUUCCUACAUUAGUGAAAUUGUUGGGGAUUCACUGUCAAAAUGCAGCUCUGACAGAGAUGUGCCUUGUUGCAUUUGGCAAUCUAGCGGAACUUGAGUCAAGUAAAGAGCAGUUUGCUUAUACAAACAUUGCUGAAGAGCUUGUAAAACUGUUCAAGAAGCAAACAGAGCACGAUAAAAAAGAGAUGAUUUUUGAAGUUUUGGCUCCCCUGGCAGAAAAUGAUGUCAUUAAACUGCAGCUGGUUGAAGCAGGCUUGGUGGAAUGUUUACUUGAGGCUGUCCAGAAGACUGUGAACAGUGACAAAGAAGAGGAUAUUGCAGAGCUUAAAACAGCUUCUGAUCUUAUGGUUUUAUUAUUGCUAGGAGAUGAAUCCAUGCAAAAGUUAUUUGAAGGAGGAAAAGGCAGUGUGUUCCAAAGAGUACUUUCAUGGAUUCCUUCCAAUAGCCAUCAGCUACAGCUUGCAGGAGCAUUGGCUAUUGCAAAUUUUGCCAGAAAUGACGGAAACUGCAUCCAUAUGGUGGAUAAUGGCAUAGUUCAAAAGCUGAUGGAUCUGCUAGACAGACAUGUGGAGGAUGGAAAUGUAACUGUGCAGCACGCUGCACUGAGUGCUCUCAGAAACCUGGCUAUUCCUGUUGUAAAUAAGGCUAAGAUGCUCUCAGCUGGUGUUGCAGAAGCUGUAUUGAAAUUUCUCAGAUCGGAGAUGCCCCCUGUUCAAUUCAAGCUGCUGGGAACAUUAAGAAUGUUAAUAGAUGCACAAGCAGAAGCAGCUGAACAGCUGGGCAAAAAUGUAAAGCUGGUGGAACGAUUGGUGGAGUGGUGUGAAGCCAAGGAUCAUGCAGGUGUGAUGGGGGAGUCCAACAGACUACUUUCUGCGCUUAUACGACACAGCAAAUCAAAAGAUGUAAUUAGGACCAUUGUACAGAGUGGUGGCAUCAAACACUUAGUAACCAUGGCAACCAGUGAACACGUAAUAAUGCAAAAUGAAGCUCUUGUUGCACUGGCAUUGAUAGCAGCUUUAGAAUUAGUCACUGCUGAAAAGGAUCUUGAAAAUGCUCAGCUUGUUCAGAUUCUACACAGACUGCUCUCAGAUGACAGGAGUGCACCAGAAAUAAAAUACAACUCCAUGGUGCUGAUCUGUGCCCUUAUAGGAUCUGAACCUCUUCAAAAGGAAGUGCAGGCCAUGGCGUUUCUAGAAGUUGUAUCAAAACUCCGCAGCCAUGAGAACAAAACUGUUGCCCAACAGGCCUCGCUAACAGAGCAGAGACUUGCUGUAGAAAGCUGAGGAAGGUCUUAUUUCCAGUGCAUCCCGCCACAGAUUUCACCUUUGUCCUCUGUCCUGCUGCCGCUCCUGCUAUGUUUUCCACUGUUAUCACUCGUGCAUGCGUGUAAUGUUCCCACACAAAUUGAUGAACUGCUGUAGGUACCCGUCCAAAAAGGUUUCUACAAAUUCAUAGGUGGUGUUAACAUGAACCUGUCUCCACUCGUAACUGUUCUACUUGUAUUCUUGUUGCUUGGGCCACAUAGUAGAAUGUGCAUGUUGUAGUCCUAUGAUGACGUAGAAGUGGUACUACAGAAUGACUCUUUCCUCAUGCCCCCCCCAGCUGCAUAACAGUGUACUACUAAAUUAGGGACGAUACAAGAGGCAGCAAGUUCAGGCUAGUGCUGACUAUAGGAUUAAGAAGUAAAUCUAGCUCCAUUUUUGGUGCUUUGGAGAUUCAGGUUUGAAUGCAAUGUACUGCUGCUCAUUCACUGGUCUUGCCUAUUAAUGUCAAGCUCGUGGUACCUAGAGGUAACAAAUAAAAAACUUCAGUGCUCUCACUUUAUCCUG